CUCGGAUAAGUUCAGGAAAGGGCGAUUCAAAAACACGGUCAGGCAGCACAAGGUUAAGUAUUUAAUACAGACAGAGCUUCUCUGUGUCUCAAGUUCUGUGCAUAUGCAUCCACUUUCCCCCUAACAACGAAAAUCUCCAAAACCUUCAUCAUAACAUCAAUAGUUUUCUUGCAUCAGCCAUGCUUUCAGCAACUCUCCCAACCACCAUGAAAGUCCUCCUUCAGUCAGAUCCAGCAUCGAAGACCCUCUUUCUCGCUACCCGACCUCUCCCAGUUCCCGUCCCCAACUCGACAGAGCACCUUAUCCGCGUUCACGCAGCAGCUCUCACAAGCGGAGAGCUCCUCUGGAUGAAGAACUUUCCCCCGCCGGCCUCCGAAACCAAAGGCAAAGAGCUGGUCCCUUGCUACGACAUGGCUGGGACCGUCAUUACCGCCCCUUCAGACUCACCAUUUCAGCCCGGAACUGAAGUAUACGGUCGAACACACUAUUACCGCACUGCCGCUGGUCGAGAAUAUACAAUUUGCGACACGUAUGAGCUGGCUUUCAAGCCAAAGACACUGUCUUUUGUUCAAGCUGCUACGGUCCCGAUGUCCGUAGAAACAGCGUAUCAAGCGCUGUUUGUUCAGGCUCCACUCCAGCCUGUUGCAGGAACGGGAGCAAGGGGGAAACGUAUUUUCGUUACGGCUGGGUCUGGGGCUGUUGGAAUGUGGGUUGUGCAGCUCGCAAAGUGGGCUGGCGCCGAAGUGGUAGCAACAGGUAGCAAAGACAGAUUUGAUUUUGUGAAGUCUCUUGGCGCCUCAGAGGUGUUGGAUUACAGAACUGCCGAUGUGAAGAAGUGGGUAGAAGCUGAAGCUGGCAGACAAGUUGACGUGGUGAUCGACUGCAUUGGUUGGCAAGCUUUGGCGGACGCCUGGUGGGUUGUGAAAGAAGGAGGGACUUUGAUCAGCAUUUUCCAGCCACCGGAGGGAAUGAAACCUGCAGAUCUUCCGACUCGGGAUGUCAAGAACUUGUUCUUUAUCCAAGAGCCGUCGGGAGAACAUGCGGGAAAGGUGGGAAGCUUGAUUGACGCUGGUGGAUUUGUGACGGCGCUGGAUAGCGUGUGGCCAGUUGAGAAGUUCGAGGAAGCGGUUCCGAGGAUGGAAAGCGGGAAGGCGAGAGGAAAGGUUGUAAUUGAAUUUGUUCCUCACGUUUAAAGGUAUAUUCAAAAAGUUUUGCAGUAGAUCAAUGUAACCCUCCU